GCUGUGCUGCGCGCAUCUGUCGCGCGUAAAAUCUCCACCCUGACGGAUCCAAAGCCGCUCUCUCUGUCGCUGGAUCGAGUCAUGCGCCCUCGACUAACUUCAAUCUUUUGAUUUUGUCUUUGGAAAAGUCUUUCAUCCUCUUUCACCAUUCCCCCCCAUCGAGGCUCCGCUGACUUCUUGUCGUCUCUUGGUCUCCGACCCGCGCGGAGGAAGAAGAGGUCACUGUUGGUUGCAGUCACCGUUGUCGUGAUGGUUCUGCUGGCUCUGGCCAUCGCUGUGCUGCUUCUCUUCCUGCGCCCCUCGGAGACCUCCGCGCACUACUACGAGAUGAUGGGCACCUGUCGAAUGGUAUGCGACCCGUACAGCACCAAACCUGGAGGAGUUGAGGAGACCCAGACCGUCAACGGCAUCGCACCACUACCACCGAUGGGACAAGGCAGCCGCGGGGAACCGGGGAGACCGGGAAAACCGGGACUCAGGGGUCCCCCGGGAGAGCCAGGACCCCCGGGCCCCAGGGGUCCGCCAGGGGAGCGAGGCGGCAGCAAACUCGCCUUCCCGCCUUUGAGCGCAGCAGCCGGGGGAGAGCACGGCGAAGCAGAUCGUGCGAACUCUACAAACAACGGCAACCGGGUCGCUUUUUAUGUCGGCCUGAAGAACCCCCACGAAGGGUACGAGGUGCUCAAGUUUGACGACGUGAUUACAAACUUGGGGCACCACUACGAUCCCACCACCGGGAAAUUCACUUGCCAUGUGUCCGGGAUCUACUACUUCACUUAUCAUGUGCUGAUGCGGGGAGGAGAUGGAACCAGCAUGUGGGCCGACCUGUGUAAAAACGGACAGGUCCGUGCCAGCGCCAUAGCUCAGGAUGCAGACCAAAACUACGACUACGCCAGCAACAGUGCCGUGUUGCACUUGGACUCCGGCGACGAGGUCUAUGUGAAACUGGACGGUGGCAAAGCUCACGGUGGCAACAAUAACAAGUACAGCACCUUCUCUGGCUUCAUCUUAUACCCCGACUAGGUCAAAUUGUCAAUAGGUGUUAUUUUUCAUGGAAGUACAUGGUUAUAAUGUGUUUCUGUGUCCCUCAAAACACAAGCUGCUUAUGUUCAUGUCAAGUGAUGGAGAGCUUCCUCAAUGCAGAGGCUAAUAUGAUAUUCUGCUUAAAGGCUCUGAAAGUUUAACGGUGCGUGAUAUUACUGGAAAGUCCAACAUCAGUCGGAUAAGCUUGUUCAAUCUCGUGGCCAUAUGUAGCUACAUUUCAAACAUCAGUCUUACACAAUGACACGAAACAAGACAUCUAAAUGCAUCUAUUUAUUUGAAGCACCAUGAAUAAAUUCCUCACCUAUGGACCACAGGUCUUUUUCAGUGCAAUCCAGUGACACGUAGCACAUGGACAGGUGCAAAAACAGACACAUAUUCCUGAAGGAUAUAAAAAUACAGUACAUAUAAAAUAUUACUGUCUCUUCAGCUUUCAUCUUCUGUUACAAUGAUUUAGCACUACUUCUCAUUGUGUUCUAUAUAGUUGCAGCCAUAAUAGUGUUUCUUUUAUUGGCAGGCCAUAAGUACGAACGUAAAGCUUAUAUCAUGAGGUAAAAAUAUUCAUGGUGUGUGUGUUCUUUUGUAUUUGUUUGUUUGUUUAUUCCAAACACAAGUACAGCAUCAAUAUCCAAAUUGGAACUAACACUUAACAAAGGCACACGCACACACACACACACACACACACACACACACACGCACGCACACACACGUCCAUCCUUUUCCAAUCAUCCACAUUGCCAAAGGGGAGCUGGACCCAUCUGAUCGUACACAACAGGGUCAGCAAAGGACAUGAGUGGAGUAACAAAAACACUCAGUGUUUUAUUGGGGGAUUGUUUCUAUGUUUUUCUGUCUUUUAGUAAGCAAAAUAGUUACGCUCUGUUUGAUGAAAUACACAAUAAAGCAACCAUUCAUAUAUAUUUUGUUUUCAUAUCAAUGAAUAUUGUCUCACAAAAAAACUGUCCCGUUUUAAGCUAUUUUCCCUUAGCCAAGAACAAAACCAAGAGGCCCUAUAUGAAUUUGCUGUGUGUGUAACAAUAAAUAUUUAUGUGUAUAUACAGUAUAUUUUAGCCCACUUUUUGUAUCAUCAGUUUCAUGUUCGUUUUUAAAGCCUUGUACAUUUAUUUGGACAAAUGUAAAAAAAAAUCUGAGUUUUAUUUAAAAGUUAUCUAGCCAUUUUUUUUUCAUGAUUUUGUUGAUAAUAACCAAAAUCACUGGGAAUACAAUUA